UGACGUUAUUAUUCUGCGUCCAGGCGUUUAUGCGACGCAUGUAGCAAUGGCGGGCGCUAGAAAGAGUGCUCAACUUUCCUCUUUGGUAGACUAUGGGGGCGACACAGAUCCCGACUCUGACCCUGAAUCAGAUGAGACAGGAGGUCAUGUUGGGGCACUGGUGUAUCACUAUAAUGAGGAUGACCUGAACCGAACAGAGGAUCUAGAUGACAAGGACUAUGGCGAUGAAGAAAGUAGAGAAAGCAACUCGGAAAUGGAAGAAUCUGACGAGGGGAGGGACGCAGAUGAUGUUGAGAUGUCGGAAGCAGAAAAAAAAGACCCCAAUGAGCUUGUUGCUCUAUUCUCAGAGAAGGUGAGGAGCAUGUCGCCUGAUGAGAUCAGGAUCCCCCCGGAACCUCCUGGACGCUGCUCCAGCCAACUACAGGAGAAGAUCCACAAGCUGUAUGAGAGGAAGCUCCACGGAGAUUUCGACAUAAACAACCACAUCCAGCAAAAGAAAGAGUUUAGAAACCCAAGUAUUUACGAGAAGCUCAUUCAGUUCUGUGGUAUAGAUGAACUUGGAACCAACUACCCUAAAGAUAUGUUUGAUCCUCAUGGCUGGUCAGAAGACUCCUAUUAUGAAUCUCUGGCUAAAGCCCAGAAAGUGGAAAUGGACAAACUGGAGAAAGCCAAGAAGGAGCGGACAAAGAUUGAGUUUGUCACGGGCACGAAGAAGGGCGCCAACCCCUCCAACACGUCAGCAUCCACCACCAGCAACAGCACCAACACCACAGCCACAGAAGCCCAGAAGCGGAAAAGCAAGUGGGACUCUGCGAUCCCCGUGACCCUGGCCCAGCCCACCCUCAUCACCACCACCGCCAACCUGCCCGCCGUCGUCUCGGUGACCACCACCGCCAGCGGCACCAAAACCACAGUCAUCUCCGCGGUCGGCACCAUCCUGAAGAAAGCAAAGCAGUGAACGCGUUUCCUUUUUUAAGUAAGACGCCCAUUUCACACACAUGAGAACAAGCAGAGCGUGGACAAAUGGACAUGAUGGACACGUGUCAUUUUCAGAAGCCACAUACAAACCCUGCUACACAUGGACUGAGACUUAACUGCCUUUUAUCUCUGGGAUUGUUUCUGCACUGUAGCAUCACUAAAUCUGAUGAUGCGUGUCCAUCUCAUUUCUUUUCUUUUUACCGUAGUGUCACCAUGAACAUGACAUUGACCAAAUGAGGAAAAAAAGGAUCCAAAAACACACCGUCAAAGAAAUAUCUGAAUUAUGUUUAUUUUUAUAUCCAUAGUACUGGUACAGUAUUUUCACCCCACCCUCAGCUGUGAGUCCAUCAUUUUAUUGUUCUUCAGCUUUUUGUUUCCCCCCGUCAGCAGGUCGUCUCAGCUCUGAAGAUUUUUUUUACACUUGUACAUACGGUAUGUAUUGAUGGCGAAUAAAUGGUUUCAGUUAGAUUAAUUGUCUUUUUUUCUAUUUUGGGGUUGAAUUCAAAUAAAUUAUUUAGGGCUGCAACGUGUGCUUAUUUUCAAACUCAAUUGAUUUAUGUUUCCAAAACCUUUGAAAUGAUGGUGUUCUCAAAUGUCAUGUUUUGUCUACAAAUUAAUUUUCUUGUUAUAUGGAGCAAAGUAUCAAAAUAUUUGAAACUUUCAACCCCUAAAAUUAUUAGAAUUUGUGGGAAUCUGCUGAUACCAGACACAGAAGGACAAUGGCCCAUGUUGGUAUGUUACAAGGCUCAAGUUCAUACAUUCCACUUUUAUAUUGCAAUUUCCCCAUUACAAUUUCAAAACUUUGUUUCUUUUCUUAUUUGGAGGAUAAAUUUAAAGUUUGGCUCCACAUCUCCAGAGAGGCCCGGGUGUGAUCUAGGCCCCAGCAGAGUUCAAGGAUGCUCCAAGACAGACUGUGAUAAAAAGAUGAGUCAUACGGCUGAAUCAUACUCACACAGUCAUGCAUCUGGUACUUUGAAUGAGCACAUGUCAGCUUCCGUCUUAUAUCGCAACAUGUUUCUGCAGAACCUGGAAUUCAAAUAUGGUACAUUUGGAAAAGAAAAAUAAAUUCUUCAUCUAGA